CUAAUUUAAGAUCAUGUCACCAGUUUGUCCUUUCAUACCGUUCACACUGUUCUUGUCCUGCAUUCCCUCUAUAGACAAGUAUUUAUAAGUUGUAUUAUCACCACACAAUCCCACCACACUCCCUCUACAUCCAAUAAGAAACUCAACUCCAACGGGAAACAGAAAUAGAUGGAGGAAGUGCGUUGAGCGAAGAGGCUCAAAUCGGCCCCAAGUGGAAACAAAGGUGAGAAUUUCAAGUUCACGUCAGGGAUCUGUUUUUGAUGUUUUUGAGUCUUACUCAAAAACUCUAACCAUGCAACCAUUCAGUUAGUGCUUUUAAGUUAAAGCUCCUUAAAUUAUAAAACGUCAGCAGGCUUAAAGAUAAAACAUGUUACUCCACUUGUUUUUAUUGAAGGGACGUUUAAUAACUGAUGACGAGAUUCAUCACAACACAAGGAUAAACAAACAUUUUAUUCCUAUUGCCCGUUUGGACACAUCAGGGUGUCUCAGGACAGCGACUACUACUGAGUUGUGGCCCAACACGUGUCGACACAUGUCUCCGGGUGAAACCGUAUCCGUGUGUUCUCACACGGCGUGCUGAUGGACGCCGGGCUGUGUCGUGUCCUCUGCUCUGCUGUUGCUCUGGACGGGGCUGGUCCUCUGCCUCGGACUCUGUGAGGCGAUUGGAGAUUCCAGGCCGGGCCCUGGAGCCUCCCCCCUCUGACACACUUUCAGUGCUGCACCGCCAGCAUGACUUUCACUGCUCUCCAAGGGCGGGUGGUGCACCUUCAGGGAAAACAAACAAACAUGGAGGCUGCUGGAGUGCAAGUGUUUAGACCUUGCUCGUUUGACUGUCUCAGCCCGUCGCACCAGCACAUCUCCUCCAAGCCCCCGCUGAGCUCCUCGGCCAUGACAUCACGCAUCCUUCUGCGGCAGCAGCUCAUGCGGGAGCAGCUGCAGGAGCAGGAGCGGCGCGAGCAGCAGAAGCAGCAGUCGUCCCACUACCCACAAACCUCAGCGACCCAGAGCCCCGCCAUCAAUGUCAGCACGCCCGCCAGCAUACCACCUGCUGCACAGGUGCCGAUGGAGGUGCUGAAGGUCCAGACCCACCUGGAAAACCCCACCAAGUACCACAUCCAGCGCUCCCAGCAGCAGCAGGUGAAGCGCUACCUGGGAAGGCUUGGCUCCCAGGCUUUGAGCUUGCCCUGCCCCAACCAGUCCUCUGACCACGGGGGCAUGCCGCCAGGGCCGGGCAACAGUGCCCCCAACAGCCCCAUGGCCUUACUGACCCUCAACUCUAACUGCGAGAAAGAGAUGGAUGAUGUCAUUGACGACAUUAUCAGUCUGGAGUCCAGUUACAGUGAUGAUAUCCUCGGCAUGAUGGACCCAGGACUUCAGAUGGCUAACACGAUCCCUGUGCCUCCUAACCUAAUGGACAUGUAUGGGAACCAGGGUAUGCCUCAGCAAGGCCUGCCCAUCAGCAACUCCUGCCCCGCCAACCUGCCCAACAUCAAACGAGAAUACUCAGUGUCACAGUCUCCGGCCAUCAUGCACAUGCUGGAUAAGUCCGGAUCCUGUGGUAAAUUUGACUCCUAUCAAAGGCCUGAAGGGUUCCCUGUGGAAGCUGAGGUAAGAGCCAUGGCAAAGGAAAGGCAGAAGAAGGACAACCACAAUUUAAUUGAGAGACGACGGCGAUUUAACAUCAAUGAUCGAAUCAAGGAGCUGGGAACUCUGAUCCCAAAAUCCAAUGAUCCAGACAUGCGCUGGAACAAAGGCACCAUCCUGAAAGCAUCCGUGGACUACAUCCGGAAGCUGCAGCGCGAACAGCUGAGGGCCAAGGAGCUGGAGAACCGUCAGAAGAAGCUCGAGCACGCCAACCGACAUUUGAUGCUAAGAAUACAGGAGCUGGAGAUGCAGGCACGGGCUCACGGUCUGGCCAUCACCUCCUCGGCACUCUGCUCUCCUGAUCUUGGAGCUCGGACCAUCAAGCAGGAGCCCGCUCUGGAGGACUGUCACCAGGACCUGUACACGCUCCACCCGCACCAACGCCACCCCUCCUGCACUCCCGAGCAGCCCGGCGCCCUGGAGCUAAACAACGGCCGCUCUAACUUUUCCGAGAUUCACUACGGCGUUCACGGCAAAGCGGGCUCCAAACUCAACGACAUCCUGAUGGAGGACACCCUGUCCCCUGUGAGGGGGGGGGACCCUCUGCUCUCCUCGAUUUCUCCAGACGCUUCAAAGGACAGCAGCCGUAAGAGCAGCGUCAGCAUGGAUGAGAAUGAGCCAGGCUGUUAGCGCCCCCUAGUGAGAGGCACCAGAUCGCCGCCCCGUCUGUGUUUACAUGUGUUCACCAUUUUUAUUCAGUUUUCUAUUGUUUAUAUCUCUCCAACCUUGAUCGUGAGGACUGAUUUUAAGGUGUUUGCUUUAAUCAAGACUGUGUUGUGAAUGAGGUUUAAAAAUAGAUGUUUUUGUAUUUAAAGUAUGCGUUUGGACAGAAGUAGAGUUUUUCCUCCUGUUGAUUCCAAAGAAGCUAGAUGUGUGGAGAUGAAGACUGCUUUUAAAAUCACUAGCAAUAACAGAAGCAACACUAUUUAUUUCUAUAGUGCGUUACACUCUUCGUGUCUUAGACUUGAAUGUGCCACGGCCUUAUUCAGACCUGUACGCGUUGUCGUUGUACUGCUAUGCACACGUUUUAGCUGAUAGUCUGUCGGUCUUCCAGGUGAACUUCCUCUCUUGAUCACUAUUAAUCAUUUGUAGACUUGAUCUUGUUUAUGCAUCUUUGUAUACUGAUUUAUAUCGACACAUUCCCUGGAAACCUCAUUUAUAACGAGGCAAACAAAAGAGCCUGAGGUGAUGAAACGGCACAGAAAACAGAAAAAAAUGUCAUUUAUUACCGACCGGUUUUACUUUCGUGAAGAGAAACAAUCAGAUCACAAGACGGAGUUUGAGUUUCAGCACAUAUUUAAAGUUGUGUUCGUAUUGUGACCACUUCAGUGACGUGUCACCUUCAGGGUUCUGUUUCUUUUUUAUUUUUAUAAUAUGUGAAAUGUUUAAAGAGACUGCUUUUGUAUGAAAUGUUGUCCAACACUGAAAAGAAAACAGCUUUUUAAUCAAAGCAGAAUUUUAACGUUGGCAUUUGUUAUGUGGCACACGCUCUUUGCCAGACUACUUUUCGGCUGGUUCAAUUGCGCACGGGCUGCUGCCACACGUCCAUGAAUCACCCGCUAACGUCUCUAGAACAGCAACGCCUUCAUGUAGUCAAACUAUGCAAUGGUUAACGUUGUGCCUGUGGAGCGUCCUGCCUUGAAAAUGUGAUCUUUGUGAGGUAGUUUAAGGUGGUGUGACGGUAAUUACCUUUUCGUUUAAGUGCCUUAUAGUUACUUCUGUUACCGUGGUGAUGUACGACUACUGAUGCUAUACUUCUGCUGAUGCUAACUCUGGUGUUUGGUGCUUUUGUAGAUGAACAGCUGAGGCCGAGGCCGCCUACAGGGCAGCACGAAGGGCUGUUUGUCAGGGUGAGAGAUUCACAGGAAGAGCUUUGUUGUAGAAAAACUCCAAAGUGUUCGAUGUCAGUUACAUUAUAAUUACAGUAGAUGGCUUGUGUCCAUAAUCUUCAGUUAGAAGCACUUAAAAGGCCACAAACGUUCAAACCGUUUUAGUUUAAAAAGAUAAAACUAGCUUAACCCGCUCAACGAUUAAGGAAACACAUUAUUUUGAUAAAAAAUAACAUUUUUUGUGUUAAAAUGGGGUUUGUACGUUUCACCUUCGCCUUUGUUCAGAGAAAAGAACUCGUUCAGAUCAGUAAAAAGCUCACCCGGUUUUCUGUGUCCUGAAACACCCCCGAUGUGAACAAAGGCAUUGUGGGAAGUUUUACUUAUUGGCUCUAGAAACAAAAAGAUGGACAGGAUGUUAGCCAACCUUUAGCUCUUUUUCGACUUCCUUUAACAGAACUAUAUUCAUAGCUUUUAGUUAAAAUACCAAAUAACCAUAAAACCUCAGCUCUCAUCUGGGUUAGCAGCUGCUAGCCAACUGGAACGCAUCAUCAUACUGCAUAAGAACAUUUGAGUUGGCUUUAACUUCAUUUAAUUCAAACCAUCCUUUUGUUACGUUUAAAUUUGAUGCUGAACACUUUGGAGCCGCUGCUGUGUAUUACACGCGCCCCCUCCUCCUGAGACUGCUGUGAAUGUAGUUCUUGCCAAAUGAGUGCCAAAAAUGAAAGUUGUGGUAUUUAUGCAAGAAAAGACGCGGAUUAACGGAUUACAGGGUGUGAACUUUCAGUGGUGGAAGCGUGUUGACGAGUCGAAGCUUGACUCAGACGGAUGACUUGUGCACCUGAUGAAAUCCUCUGAGCACGCCCCACCCACCGACCGGGUCAGAGCAUUCUGUUGAGGCUGCCAUUUUUACUCCUGUUCAGUCACUCAUGAGGAAAUGUGCUCACCCCAAUGGAAACUUUUACUCCAGUGGUCCUGCCCACGCUACGUUGCUACUGUUUUUAAUGUUUCUAAGAGAUGGAUGUUGCAGUAGCUACUGUGCCCACCGUUUUCAGAUGGAACCUGUAAGAUCUAUUAAAGAUUUAUUUCAACCUUG